UUAUAUAUCUAGUUGUGUGAGAAUUUGAAUUUCUUGGAACAUUUUAGGGUUUCUGUUUUUCUCAUGAGGACGGAAUUGAGGAAACUAAGUGGCUAAUGUAGUUGGCUGUUAGCUGGCUGCUUUCCUUCAGUCCUUGGCUUGUAUUUUUUAUUUUUUUUAAAUAAAAAAAAAAAAAAAAAAGGUUCUGAGCGUUUUACGGCGGGAAAACGAAUUUUAAUCUCGUUUAAUUUUUACUGACUAUGGCCGAAAGCAGAGCUCCCCAGGUUGUCUUUUGUGACGACUCUCCGAAGAGAGUGCUUGUCUCCGUUAUUAAGACGACGCCGAUAAAACCCAAGAACGGAGAGCACCUGAUGCCGACGAGCCCCGGAUUCAGCGACUUUAUGGUCUACCCGUGGAAGUGGGGGGAGAACGCCCACAACGUGAGCCUGAGCCCCGGGCCGGCGAACGGAGCCGCGUCCCCGACUGGCAGCACGACGGGAGCGGAUGGGGAGGGCUCCCCGUGCCCGGACCAUAUGAAGGAUGGGACCCGGCGAGGCCGCCCUCGAGCCGAAACGGUCCGGGAGCUGAUCAGCGAAGGCGAGAACUCGUCCAGCCGAAUCCGCUGCAACGUCUGCCACCGAGUUUUCCCAAGAGAGAAGUCUCUGCAAGCCCACAAGAGGACCCACACAGGUGAAAGGCCUUACCUUUGUGAUUAUCCCAACUGUGGAAAAGCUUUUGUCCAAAGUGGACAGCUGAAGACCCACCAGCGGUUGCACACAGGGGAAAAGCCUUUUGUCUGCUCGGAAAAGGGUUGUGGGAGUCGGUUCACCCAUGCCAACCGACACUGUUCCAAGCACCCAUACACUCGCCUGAAGAGGGAGGAGCCAGUGGGCGAGCCUGGGAAAUGUCAGCCUGUGGACAACAAGGCAGUGGCAGAGUGGCUGGCCAGGUACUGGCAGAUGAGGGAGCAGCGAAUUCUGCCUCCGAAGGGGACGGGCUUGGAGAAGACUAGGUCAGAGGAUCAAGAGCAACGUGACCCCCUUGAGUUUGAGCCAUCAGAUGAAGAGGACCCAGAAGAGGAGAAGGGCAGCAGUGGGGCAGCAAGACGGAGGCUCCAGGAGCAGAGGGAGCGUCUUCACGGUGCCCUGGCACUCAUCCAGUUGGCUAACAACCUUUCCUCAUAGCUCCACCACAAGACCCUUUGCCUACUGGCAGACACCUACUUGGGUACAAGCUAAAGCACCUUAAUGCGCUUACAUUUUUAGGCUGCUAAAACUGUAGAUUUCAUUAUAUGAAGAAUGUUGUUUCUUGACUUUUAAAGAGAUGUAAGAGCUGGGUUGAGUGGGGGGGGGUUAGUUUUUUGCACUUUUUGGUAGUGUUUGUUUUUCUGUGUGUGUAUGUGAACAUAUGAGGGUUUAGUUCUGCUGGUCUGAAAUAAAAGGUGCAUGCAGGAUACAGGUAAUAACAGGUAAAGAGGCACUGGUUCGUACAGGCUUGAAUUAAGCUAACUUAAAGCUGAAUUAAUGUUGAAUGACAAGCAUUCAUAACACAUUUCCUACUUAGACAGGGGAGUUUGUAUGAGAAUUUAAAAAUGUUAAACCAUUCACUUUAUAUACAUUACUUAUAAAACACUUUGGGUAAUGUCCAAAAUUAAAGUGAUCCAUUUAUGUCCUGUUCAGUCAGCAAUUCACAUAGACAAAGGUAAAAUUGUAGUGAUUCACCUAUCACCUACAUUAUGUACUUUGUGGUCAUCCUUGAUGCCACAAUAAAUUUGUGAUAGACACAUUUAUCUGCAGUGUUGUAUGUCUCCCCUUUCUGUAAAUCAAAUACUGAUAUUUGUUAAUUUAUGACUCAGAGGCCAUGUCUACUUUUUUAUUUCUAAAUUAUAAAUAGGUUUAGUUUGCAUAGGGAUUUAUAAGUGAAAACUGUAAAGCUUUUAUGAGAUCUGAGCGAGCACCUUAAUCAUAUUUGUCUCAUAAGCACUGCAACUCUGCUCUGGUUAAUUUAAGCUCCUCAACUCUAAAUUGGAGGGGAAUCUUGAUUUGGAUUUCAUGUCCCUAUUAGUCAGCAAUUACAAAAUAGGCCAAAUUAGCUCAUCUAUAUAUGACAUGAUGUAGAUAUGUUCUUGCCAUGGCCAACCUUGCAAGAGCAAAUGAAGCUUGAUCCAAAGUUUAACUCUUAUCUGUGCUUGUCUACCUUUUCUGUACUGCCCAAUAUUUUCAUAAUCUCAAAAGUGUUUGAAACUUGGAAGCAGGGCACUGCUGCUGCCCAGAAUUGCUUUCUUUCCUGUUUUGCCUUGAUUAGAUGAUUUGACCACGGCU